AUGGCGUCAUCUUCCUCAGCUAAGAAAGUUGUUUUGAUCAGCAAUGACGGCAAGAAGGUCGAAGUAGAUGAGGCCGUCGCCAUGCUCUCGCUAACUGUGAAGAAUUUAAUUGAAGACGGUUGCAUCGUCGACGGUGGAAUCCCGCUGCCUAAAGUUGAUUCGGAUACACUGGCGAAGCUGCUCGAUUACUGCGAAUACCACGCUCCCGACCCAUGGAUUUUUUGUUCAUUUCAAUUCCAAGCGGCAAAUUUCUUGAAUAUUGAAGGGCUUCUGGAUCUGAUGACUGAAGCUAUAAGAGAUACAAUAGCCGGAAAGACUCCUGAAGAAAUACGCCAAACCUUCCGCAUCAAAAACGAUUUUACUGCAGAAGAAGAAGCUGUGGUUAGAGAUGAGAAUAAAUGGGCGUUGGAAUAA